AAGGAUAUCAUAAUAGUUCAAAAGAAAAUGAAACAAUUGCUGAAUUCAAAUAAGUAUGAAAAAUCAGAAUUAAUCACACUAAUGGAGAAGUAUUUUGAAAAUGAAGAAAAUCUUAAAAAUGCUCUUAUUGAUAUGGAAGUAUUAGAUACUAAUGAAGUGGCAAAUAUUUUGCAUACAUCAUGUCUUGUAAAAAUUCUAUUACAAGUUUCAGAAUUACAUCCAGAAAUAUAUAGCAGUCUCCUGACUAAACUUAAUGAAGCUGUUCUUAUAGCUGAUUCUAUGGAAUCAGUACCUUGGGCUCUUCUAUUACUGCAACAAUUUCGUUUCCUGGAUGUUGUAAUUAAUUCUGAUGCUCUGACCAGUAGCUUAGAACAGCUCCUAGAAUCUUGUCCUCUAUGGUUUCAAACUGAAUUAAUAACAUUCUUACCCGAUAUUGUAACUGACAAACAACAUCAAACUGUGGCUGAAAUUCUGAAUAAACUUCUAGAAGAGAAUACUGUAUUAGUAAAAUCAGUAUUAAAUUGUAUGACCAAUUUAAAUCUUGGCAAAGAAUAUUUGGAGGAAUUUAAAGAUAAAACAUUAAACUUGUUGAAGACAAACGUUAAAGUAAAUGCAAUACCAGCCAUUGUAAAAUUUGUUUUAGAAGAUUAUUCAAAUAUAGACAUUUUUGAAAAAGCAUUAAAAGUAUUGCGUGAUACUGAUAUGCAGCCUCUCGUUGGGGAAGAUGCUGAAGAGUGCUAUCAAAAUCAGUUAGAUGUAUUCAACAAUUUAAAAAUGAAUAUGCUUUUCUCAAAGAAUGUAAUAAAUACAACCUUAGCAGUUAUAAAAGAUAUCACUAAGGAUCCGAAGACGUUAGAUAUUAUUCUGUUGCUCCUCAUAUUUCAAACAACAGAUAUAAAAAGAAAACUCGUGGAAACAAUAUUUAAACAACACAUACGAUCUGGCUUUUACAGAGCUAGCUUAUUAAAUAUGCUGUAUAAUGAUUAUAAACAUGUAGUACAAGAGUUACAAUCAACUGUGUUACAAAUAUCAAGCAAUUUAUUAAAGACGGAUGAACGUGUAUUUACUGAUUUCGCUAUCGAUUGGAUCCGUUUGCAGUUCAAGUGUCAUAAAAAUAAUAUAUUUAAACAACGAGAGAUUUUAGAAAGAAUUAUAUUCCUCAUGGGUGAUAAUGACCAGACUGUAAAAAAUACUUUAUUAUUUCUUUGCAAAAUGGUCGAAAAGGAAGAGGAUAGAGAAUAUUUGUUGUCACAUUGUAAUCAUCUUCGUAUUUUGCUGGAAAAGAUGGAUAACUUGAAUCUAGAAGAGGUUGGUACAUUGAAUGACUUAUUACAACAUUUGUGUACAAAUUCCAGUGCCACAGCAGAUUCUUUGCACGACGAUCUAUCCAUACUGAUGCAGAAACAAUUAUCUAAUUUUAAACCCUUUAUAAAGUCUCUCGCAGAUCAUAUCGAAGAACAAUUUGUUAAUACAAACAUGAUAAACAAAACAAAUUAUAGAGGAGACUCUGUUCCUAAAUUUGGAUUAAAUAAAUCAGAAGACGAACCACGAAAUUGUUUUAUAACUUUUGAAAAUAAAAAGUAUGGAGCGAUUGUUCCAAUAUCUUUUAAACUUCUCCGAACAUGUCAUAUAAGGCUCAGUGAGAAUAAAGAUUUGGGAGCCAUAAAUUCUCUUUUGGGAUGUGCAAUCUUAAUGCCAGAAAGCCUUGAUAUAGCAGAAAAUUCGAUAGUGGAUUUAGUAAUAUGUUGCAUUAAUUGGUUCCGUGAAGUGAUCAGUGGUUUUGUUAUACAGAAAAACCCUUUGUUAAGAAAGCAAGUACUACAACGACUGGAUAAUCUAAUAGAUUUACAAACUGAACUGAGCACAUUACUUACGUUGUGCGAUACAAAAUAUCAACCACCUCCUUGUUAUUUUCAUAAAUUUCCGCUGCCACCGUUUUUUGGAAUAGAUAAAAAAAUUGGCAAGAAAGGGAAAAAAGGGAAGAAAAAAUCGCUUAGUUUUAGUGAAAUUAAAGAUUGGGAAACUGGUUUCUUGAUAUGUUCAAAAAACCCAAUUUAUUUCAGAAAAUUCGAUGCAUCGAUAGUGCAUUUGUUGGAUGUUAAAAUGGACAUACAUGUAUCACAAUCUGUAAGACAUGGGAUAUCUGUGAAGCAAGUUUGUUUCAUUGUCCAGGAACUCUUGGCAAUCCUUGAACACGAUACUAACGAAAAAUGUAUAAAAGAUUUAAUCGAAUUGUUACCUAAAAUUUGUGCAAAAUUGCGAGAUAUUGUAGAAACUUUACGAGAAGAGAAGGAUAAUCAAAGUAGGGAGGCUGCUCGAUUAUUAUUACGUCUUCUAACAAAAAUUUUCACUUGGAAAGGAUUUGAAAGUGUCACAUAUAAUAUAUUGUUACGAGAGGGAUUACGCAUUUUAGCUAGUCAAAUUGAUGAAAAUAAUAUUACGUUACGAUCUUGCAAAGAGCUUGUCACAGAAUCUUGCAAAUAUUUUGAGUCUUUAUCCGAUAUUGCUACGCAGAUAUCAUUGUCAACGUCAUUAAUUGAUAUGUGUCAAUCAUUAAUGAAACAUUCUGAAUCCUACACUAAAGAAAACAAAGAGAAAUAUGCAAAAAUGGCAUUUGGGUUCUUAUGUCUUCAAUGGCCGGAAGAUAAUCAUUCUAGUACUCAAUACAAAUCAGCUGUAGUUCAAUUGUUAAAUCAUUGGAUUAAUAAUGAACCACUACCGCUUCAAGUAAUAACUUCAAUUUUAGAAUGGUUACCAGAUGAAAUUUUGAACUUGGAGAAGUCUCGAAACAGUUUGAGUAGAAUACCGUCAAUAACAAAGGCUAACUUUCACUCUCUUUUCAAGAAGAUAUUUGAUGGUUUAAUUAGCGGUAUAAAAAUAGCGCUGGAAAUGGCUGACAGAGACCCUAAAAGAAUAGAGCUAUGGUAUGAGGUAGGAAUAAAUGUUCAGAAAUUAGUUCAAAUAUGUAAAACACUAACAACAAAAAAUAAUUUACUAAUUUUUAUAAAACAAAUGUCUAUAUUGUUGAAAUCUUUUCUACACCUUGGUAUGCCAGUACUUGAGCAUAAUUUGAAAUACCAAACAGAGGAGGUAACCAAGAUAUUGAAAAUGAUGCAAGGUAUAAAUAUCAUUGGCAUGAUAGAAUCAGUAGU